AUGGACCGCACCGCCUGGCUCGAUGGACUGCGCGGUAUUGCCGCCGCAAUCGUGGCGCUGGACCACUACUUCAUGGGUGGUGUUUUGGACGUCGCCUUCCGGUCAUACUGGGCUGAGCCGCGCGAAGAAAACUCGCGCGUUAUCCAGCUCUUCCCGCUGCGGAUAUUCUUCGCCGCGCAUGCGAUGGUGCCACUGUUCUUCGUGAUAUCAGGUUUCGCGCUGUCCAUCAACCUGAUCCGAGCCAGAGAUGGCGCCAAUACGACAAAUCAUGGGAGCGAAUUCGCUCGUCGGUUGGCAUCUGCCGCAACCCGGAGACCCUUUCGCAUCUAUCUUCCCGUGUUUGUCAUCGCGGUUAUAUCCCAGGUGCUAUACUUUUGCAACCUGUAUAGCUGGUCAUUCGGCGACGAUGUGGUAUGGGGCAGACGUCCGUGGACAGCGCCCAUGUUCCAUCUGCAGUAUCUCAUGCGAUACGUGUUGGACAUCACAAACUGCAUUCAGUUCCAUGAAAACCCCGGGUUGAAUGGGCAGCUUUGGACGAUGCCGUUUGAAAUCCGCGGGUCUUUCAUCAUUUACCUCACGGUCCUGGCCCUGGCAUUCUGGAAGCCGAGUUUCCGGUGCGGAGCCCUCGUCGUCAUGAUGGUGUACUUUUUCUACUACGGCCUAUGGGAUAUAUUCGGCUUCCUGGCUGGAUUGUACCUCGCCGAGAUCGUCAUUACGCCCGGUGAAGUAGAGACAGAUAAAGAGUGGGAAUUGCCAUUCCGUCUUUCCACGACAUGGGGGCCAAAGCUCAAUUCCAUCAACUUCAGCAGAGUCUGGACGAUAUUCUGUUUCAUAUUCGGCCUCUACCUGGUCUGUCUCAGCGACGACGGCUAUCUUCCCCCAGGCUACCAGUUCCUCAAACACUUCCAGUCCUCCCGCUGGGACGACGACUGGGCCGUGCUGAGCAAAUCCUGGAAAUGCAUGGGGUCGUUCAUGCUCGUCUACGCGAUCAGCAAGUCGGCGCUUCUUCAGCGGCCGCUGACCUCCGACGUUGUGCAGUACCUGGGGAAAAUCUCCUUCUCCUUGUAUCUGGUCCACCAGACCGUGUACCAUCUCGGGCGAGACCCGAUGCUCAAACUCUUCUGGCUAGUGCUCAGGGGGGAAGCGUACCCGGACACUGAGACGGCGAAAGAGCAUAUCGUGGCGUUUGGGAUUUCGUGGCUCGGUACGUUUCUUGCUAUGGCGGUCAUCGUGGUUUAUCUCGCCGACGUUUAUACCCGGUAUGUGGAUGUGAAAUGCGUCCAGUUGGCCAGGAGGAUUGAAAAGUGGGUUACUCGUUGA